AUGGGCCUAAUUUUGAGGCUUUCAGUUGUAAUUAUACUUGUGUUUGGCCUGAGGAUUCAGUGGUCCUGUGGCUCAAGAGCAGCCCUCACAUCUCUGGUUGCAUCCCCUACUUCUUACGAGGACUCCAACAUCGUUGAUGUUACAUCAAUGGGUGCCAAGGGUGAUGGAAUCACCGAUGAUACAAAGGCAUUUGAAGCGGCGUGGCAAGCAGUCUGUGCCCAGGAGUCCUCUACACUACUCAUUCCAGCUGAUUACCGCUUUCUUGUUGGCCCCAUUACUUUUUCUGGACCUUGCCAAUCAAACAUCGUCUUUAAGAUUGAUGGAUGUAUCGUUGCACACCUCAAUGAGCGAGCAUGGGAUUCGAAUUUGUUUCAAUGGAUAAAUUUCUCCAAACUCAAUGGGAUUUCUAUUGUCGGUAGCGGAGUAAUAGAGGGACAGGGAGAAGCUUGGUGGAAGCUUUCAGAAUACACUGAUGAGGAUGCAAGCACAAUGGGGAACAAAUUACCAAGCGUCAAGCCCACGGCAUUGCGAUUCUACGGAAGCUAUGACGUGAGCGUGCAAGACAUAACCAUACAAAACAGUCCCCAAUGUCAUCUCAAGUUCGAUAGUUGCACUUCUGUUAAAGUCGUUGGCGUAACAAUUUCCUCCCCUGCAGAUAGCCUAAACACAGACGGAAUUCACCUUCAAAACUCUCGCGAUGUUGAAAUCCACCAUUCCUCAAUGGCAUGCGGAGAUGAUUGUGUUUCGAUUCAAACAGGGUGUUCCGGCAUCCGCGUGCACAAUAUAAACUGCGGCCCUGGUCACGGUAUCAGUAUUGGAGGACUGGGAAAAGAUGGGACGAAGGCCUGUGUUUCCAAUGUCAGCAUUUAUGACAGUAACAUUAAAGAUGCUUUAAAUGGAGUUCGAAUCAAAACAUGGCAGGGGGGAUUUGGAUCAGUAAAAGGCGUGUCAUUCUCCAACAUACAAGUUUCUAACGUGAGAGUACCCAUAGAUAUUGAUCAAUAUUACUGUGAUAAGCAGUCGUACCCCAAUCGAACAUCGGCAGUAUUUAUAACAGACGUGACAUAUGAGAAAAUAAUUGGCACAUACAUGGACAAGUCACUCUAUUUGGCGUGUAGUAAUGAUGUUCCAUGCACUGAUUUGAAGUUGCUGGGCAUUCAACUCGAACCUGCCGUUGCAUAUCACAAAGAUCCCUUCUGCUCGAAUAGCUACGGCCAACAAGAAUACAAUGUCGACUGCCUGCUGUCCGGAAGGCCCCUCAACGACCCCGCCCGCACUCAGUCAGGUGCAGAGGCAUGCUAA